AAGGCUCCAGGGGGCAGCGAGGCCGCCCAGGGCAGAAGGAGGGGGGCGCUGGGGGAGGAGGAGGUGGCCGAGCUGUGGGCCAAUGUCGGGGAGCCCCGAGGGCGCCUCAGCUGUUCCCAGGCAGAGCCCCGGCCCAGAGCCCCCUGAGGAGCAGAGAGACGGCCGCGCGCCCGCGCCUCUGCCUGGAGACGAGUGAUGCUGCCCAGCUGCGCUGCGCACUGGGCCGGGCUGGGACUCCCAGUGCCCCACUGGGCAGCACUGGGGCGAGAGCGCGCCCGGCAGAGUGCGGCUGGCUCGGGGGGGCCGGGAGCACCAUGGGGGCUGCUGGCGUGCUGGGAGCUGGGGCCGUGCUGGUGGCACUGGUGGCGCUGGGAGCGCCCGGGGCUGCUGGCGACGAGACCCGACGGCUCUUCCAGCUCCAGUUCAAAGGCGACUGUUAUUUCACCAACGGCACCGAGAGGGUGAGGCUUGUGGAGAGACACAUCUACAACCGAGAGCAGAUUCUGCACUUCGACAGCGAUGUGGGGGUCUACGUGGCCGACACCCCCCUGGGGGAGCCUGAGGUGAAGUACUGGAACAGCCAGGAGGACAUCCUGGAGCAAAGACGAGCUGCGGUGGACACCUUCUGCCGACACAACUAUGAGGUGGAUUCCCCUUUCGCCGUGGAUCGUGUAGCGCAGCCCCGCGUGUCCGUCUCGGCCGUGCGCUCGGGCUCUCUGCCCCAGCCCGACAGGUUGGUUUGCGCCGCCGUGGAUUUCUACCCCGCCGCCAUCGAGGUGAAGUGGUGGAAGAACGGGCGGGAGGAGGUGGAGCGCGUGGUGUCCACGGAGGUGCUGCAGAACGGAGACUGGACCUACCAGGUGCUGGUGAUGCUGGAGAGCAUCCCGCAGCGCGGCGAGACCUACACGUGCCAGGUGGAGCACGCCAGCCUGCGGCGCCCCGUCACCCGGGCGUGGGAGCUGCAGGCGGACGGCGCCAGGAGCAAGAUGCUGACCGGGGUGGGGGGCUUCGUGCUGGGCUGCGGCUUCCUGGCGCUGGGGCUCGGCCUCUACGGGCGCAGCAAGAGCUCCUGAAGGAACUGCAGCUCCUGCGCAGCCGCUGCAGCGCCGUCCGUGAACCCCAACACCCCCCAACACCCCCAAACACCCCCCCGCCCCACUGGGGGCUCCCCCCGACACCCCC